GCUGGUUUUCAUCGCCGGCAUGAUACCGACUGUGCUAAUGUCCAUCAGUUCCUGGAAAUAAUGGCUUCGUCUUAGUGAAAUACUACAAUGUUGUGUGUGGUUAUGCAUAGCAGUCAAAGAGUUCGGCAUGUGUGAUCAUGUAAGCCCGUCUGUUGCUGGAGAGCUUUGUAGCGUUACUCAUCUGGACAGUACGGUAGAUAACUGACGUUACUGUUGGACAAGGACAGAGACAGACAGAUCAUGAGGGUUUGGAGGACCAGCCGACAGUCUGGGAAAUGUGCAGCUUUUCUCGCCAUCUUUAUGCUAAUUUUGAGCGCAGAGCUGGUGAAAACAGCCUCUGAAUAUGACCCCUAUUACACCCUGGGUGUCAGCAGGAGUGCCAGUCAAGCCGAAAUCAAAAGGGCAUACAAGAGGCUUGCCAGAGAAUGGCACCCAGAUAAAAAUAAGGACCCUAAUGCUGAGGACAUGUUCAUCAGGAUUUCUAAGUCUUACGAGAUUCUAUCUAAUGAGGAGAGAAGGUCCAACUUUGACCGGUUUGGGCAGAAGGAUGAAAACCAGCACUUUGGCCAGUCACAGCAUCACGGUUUCCGCAGCUUUCACAGCAGCUUUUACUUUGAUGAGUCCUUUUUCCAUUUCCCCAGGAACAGAGACUUUUCAGACAGCAAGUACAUGCUUCGCCUUGCACAGUUUAACAACGAAGUCCUUCCAGACAGCCACAAGAGGCCAUACCUAAUAAAAGUGACCUCAGAGUGGUGCUUUGCAUGCAUCCAUAUCGAGCCAGUGUGGAAGGAGACCGUGCAGGAGCUGGAGCCUUUAGGUAUAGGCAUUGGUAUUGUAGACCUGGGCUUUGAUCGGGCUUUGGCCAAGCAGCUGGGAGCUUACCGUGCUCCCUCCAUCAUCGGGGUGGUGAACGGAAGAGUGACCUUCUUCCAUCAGGCAGUGGUGCGGGAGUUCCUGCGACAGUUUGUUGAAGAUUUGCUGCCCCAGAAACUGGUGAUGAAGAUCACUGACGAUAACUACAUGGCAUUUCUUGAAAACUGGCAUGUGGAAAAUAAACCCAGAGUUCUGUUGUUUGAUCAGGUCCCCAUUGUUCCCCUGCUCUACAAGUUGACGGCAUUCGCCUUCAGAGAUUAUGUGCGUUUCGGCUUUGUGGACCAGGGUGGCACAAGCAGCACCAGGCUCCUGCUGCAGUUCAACAUAAACACAUAUGCUCCCACCAUGCUGCUCUUUAAGGAAGACACGGUGAAGCCUGUUGACAUCAUCCAGGCCAGAGGGAUGAAGCGACAGAUGAUGAACGAGUUUGUCUCAAACAACAAGUUCCUGCAGGUGCCACGACUGGUCAGCCAGCAGCUUUUUGAUGAGCUAUGUCCUGUCAAGCAGUUCCACCGGCGGAGGAAGUACUGUGUGCUGCUGAUCACAGGCGAUGACCCAGCCUAUCUCGCAGCCAAUAAGGCCUUCCUGGACUUCGCCUCAGCCAACAGCAAAGAUGUGCUACGGUUUGCAUAUGUCUACCAGCGUCAGCAGCAGCCUCUCUGCCAGGCAUUGCUCCAAAAUCAGGGAGCACACUCUGCUCAGGUGGUGAUUCUCGAGAGGCGGAGCCAGACUGGUAAAGUCCUGUACCGCUCCGUGAGCGGUGGCUGGAAUGGCAGCGAGGAAGACAAGUACCACCUUCAUGAACAGCUGGAGCUCCUUCAGAAGGACCCCACCUAUCUGACUUCAGACGCCACCUUACCAGAACUCAACAACGAGAUGGCCCCCAUUUUUAUCAUUCGGUGGAUGAAUGCUGCUUAUGAUUACAUGCUUCAAAUAUACGAUGACCUUCUCUACUCAAAUUGGCGAGAGAUGAUGCCUAUUCUGUCCUUGAUCUUCUCAGCUCUCUUCAUUGUUUUUGGCACCGUCAUCAUCCAGGCGUUCAGUGAGCCGGGUGAGAGCAAACCCCAAAAACCAAAACCAAAGCCAAAGGAGCAAACACGAACUGAGGAUGAUGCAUCGAGCAGAGCAAGUACCUUCAGCCGUCCUCCAAAAAAGGACUUUGUGGAGGUGACAGAGCUAACAGGCAUUACAUACACCAGUAACCUUGUCAAGCUGAGGCCUGGCCACAUCAAUGUCCUGCUGGUGCUCACCAAUGCUUCCAAGAGUGCUUUGCUCCGGAAAUUUGCCAAGGAGGUUUUCUCUUUCUCUGGGUCUGAGACCCUCCACUUCUCCUUCCUCAACGCUGAUAAGCAUCGCCACUGGAUGCCAUCACUCCUUCGCUUGGAUCGUGAUGGUGCGCAGAGCCAGAGCCAUUCAGAUGACGAGGAGGAGUCUUCCAACUACAUGGGCUAUGUCCUGGCCCUGAAUGGCCACAAGAAAUAUUUCUGCCUCUUUAGACCCGUGUUCACAGGGGACGAUGGCAGCGAUUCAUCUUCUGAUACCUCAUUCUCCUCAGACAGCAGGAGGAAGUCCCGUUCCAAGUCAAGGUCUAGCUCACACUCCCGGUCGCGAUCCCGUUCCAGGGAGGAUGGAUCCAGCUCCAGGAGAGGCUCCAGCAGGGCCACUAGCAUAGAGGUCCACCAUAAGCUUGACAGGCUGGGACUGUGGAUGGAGAGGCUAAUGGAAGGGACCCUGCCCAGGAUACGUGUCCCAGCAUGGCCCACGCUUUUUGACGACACUGCAGAGGGCUGAAGCUGAAUUAAGAAAAUUAGUUUUCAGGUUUGUUUGUUGUUGUUUUUUUUUUAAAGUUCUAUUUUGCAGCUGUAGUUUGCCACUGAACUGUUGAAACCCAGUGUUUUACAACAGCAGAAUGCGCGUUCUUAAUUGUUUUGUUAACGUGUUUACAUCCACACAAUGCAUUACGGCUCAGACGUUAGCUCUAGCUAGCUGUGAGUGCAAAAAUGUUUAUCUACAUUCAUGAGGUUAAACUCAUGCAGCAUGGGAGAUGUGCGUUUAUUUCUGUCUGCUCAAGGACUUUAAAACCACAUUGAACCUCUGAACUUUCCAUCCACUGUUAACACCUCCCUAGAGUUUGACCUUUUAACGUUAUGUCCCACUGAUGGAAAAAUCUGACACUUCAGAGGCUUUCUUUGGGAGCAGGCUAAUGAUGGCAUGCAAACUGAAAUUGUUGCACUGUUACAGAUGAUUUGUCUCUGUGGGAUUGCAGGAUCCUUCAAUUGAAUUUGAUUUUGUACUUUAGUUUGCUAUUCAUAGCUGACAUCGCUUUCAGACAAACAGAACUUACACAGCCUCAGAACACCCAAUAACAGGGUGAAAUGCAUAUUGAUUAACCUGCUUGAGGCUGAUUUACCUGUUUUGUUCGUUACCUUCAAUCAACAGGAACAAUAAAUCAAACCGUAUAUUUGUCCAUUUUAAUACUUGGCCCUUUAACCACAGCAGAUGUUAAUGCAUGGAAUAAGUAGACCUAAAAUCACAUCAUAAAACUCACCCUUGUCUCUGUAAUAGAAUAAUUUGCUGCUCAACAAAUAAUAAUUGUAUUCUUCUAUGUCUUUUGGAAGUCAUUCUAACUGUAUAAAAUGAAGUGUAACUAAAUUCCUUUUUAAAACGGUUUAUUUAUUAAAGUGUGCAAAUAUGUUUGACCUUGA